UAAAAUUCCAAAUAAACAUCUAAUUUAUUAUUUAUACCUUAAACAUGAAAAAAGAAUAAAUAUUGAAUUCAAAUGAAGUUUACUACAAAAGUGACAAACUUAUUUCAAUUUUAUAAAUUUACUGGAUUUUUGGACAUUGUAGUAUUUCAUCACCUGAAUAUAGAUGAUAUUUUAUGUUAUAAAAGAACAUAUACAUUAAUAACUUCAUUUCAUGUUCAAGUGUUCAAUGGUCCAUUGACGCUUUGUUUUAAUUGUUCAUUUCGCCCCCGCCAACCUCUACAAAUUUCAAAAUUUGAAGUUUGUCUAUUUGAUUACAUUUCAUGUCAUAUUAUAGUAUCAGAAUAAUACUAAUAAUAAUGGUAAUAGUAAUAGUGAUCUGAUAGAAAGGAAAUAUUGAUAAGAUGUACUUGUGUAUGAAUAAUAGAUUCUGGAAUAACUUUUUGGUCAGCGGAAUUGUCAUGUGUCAAAAAUAAAUAAACAUAUGUCAGAG